AUGACGUCAGCAGUGCUCACCACCGUGCCGACCAUCACACCACUGGUGCUGCACGAAGUAACGUCACCAAUACUCCCGAACACCACCUCAGCGCUGUUCCCGAACACGACAGCGCCGCCGUCAUCGUCGAACGACACCGAGGCGCCGGCGAGCCGAGAGGAGCUGGAGCGCCGGCUCAUCUACCUUAUCUGGAUCCCGGUGAUGCUGCUGCUGUGCGCCGUGGCGUCGCUGACCAACCUGGCCAUCUGUCUGUCGGCACGUCUGGUGCGCCGGCCGCUCAGCCCCACCCUCUGCUUCUCGGUCAGCCUGGCGGGUGCGGACGCGUUCGCGGCGCUGUUGCUCGGCAUCGGGCUGCUGGUGAACAGCCUGCUGCCGCAGGUGCUGUCCGUCAGCCACGUCUGGGACUACUGCUGGGCGCUGGCGUUCGAGGCGCUCCGGCUGGGCGGCAUCAUCUCCACGGCGGCGCACCUGCUGGCGCUGGCCAUGAACCACUACAUCGGCAUCCUGCGUCCGCUGCACUACAACCGGCUGGUGACGCGCGGUAGGGUGCUGCUCACGCUGCCCGGACUCUGGCUGGCACCGGUCGUCUUCUUCUUGGCCUACUUUGCCACCGUGGACGCGUUCGCCUCGUGCGACGCGCCGCCGGCGUUCAUUGGCUACCACACGUUCCGCGAGGUUGUGGCCGUUCUGUUCUUCGUGCCUCUGGCGUGCAUGGUGGUGGCCUACACGCACAUCUUCAUCAUCGUCCGCCAGCACCAGACCGGAGCGCUGCGCAACCACAACACGUCACAGCUGCGGAAGAACGUCAAGGCGGUAGUGACAACGCUGCUCAUCCUCGGGACCUACGUCUUCGGCUGGAUGCCUGCAGUGCUAACAUUCGCGCUGUUCUGUGUCGACUGUGCGGCCGGACCGGCGCCGCUCGGUAGGCGCGCGCACCUGGCGCUCAACAUCCUCGUCAACACACUCAUUAUCCUCAAGUGCUUGGUGAAUCCCAUCAUCUACGCACUACGGAUGCCUGAGAUCCGGCUGGCGCUGCGGCGGCUCCGCUCCACAACAACUUCAACGUCGCGUCUGUCGACGCUGCGCCAAAACGGCGAGACUGCGAUACCGCUGCGGACGCUGGCCGCCACGAACGCGCGCCGCCCUUCCGCCGACGUGGGGCUGGACCGGGACUGA